AUGAUAAAAUUUAAAGAACGGUCUUCUCUAAAGCAGUACAUGCCGAAAAAAGCGAUCAAACGGGGCUGUAAAGUUUGGAUGAAGUAUGCUGAGUCUGGUUACUGUCUCGAUUUUCAAUUAUAUACAGGCAAACAAGAACACAAUGUAGAAAAAGAUUUGGGGGUGACAAUAGUAAAGCGAUUAUGUACAGAUCUCAAAGGCAAAUAUCACAGAGUCUACUUUGAUAAUUAUUUUAACAGUUACAAAUUGCAGAUUGAUUUACUAAACGACAAAAUCUUGGCUUGUGGUACUGUAAAUGCUACUAGAAAACAUUUACCUACACUCAAAGAAGAUACUAAGUUAGAAAGGGGUGAACAUGACUAUCGAGUCAGUGACACAAAUGUGACUGUGAUGAAGUGGAAAGAUAAGAGGGUACCACCUUUUAUCAAACUACCACGACCCACGAAAUGUCAGUACUGUUACUCGCAAAGAGAGUAA